CAGCGUCACUAACGCUGCAGUAAAGUCGAACGUGAUUGGCUGUUUGUGAAGCAGCCGGAGAAGCAUUGAUUCAAGAUGGCCGAGGUAGUGGAGCUUCAUAAACUUAAGCUAGCUGAGCUGAAGCAGGAGUGUGCAGCUCGGGGUCUGGAGGUCAAAGGUAACAAAAGUGAUCUGAUCAGCCGGCUGCAGGCUUACCUGGAGGAGCACGCUGAGGAAGAGGUGAAUGAAGAGGAGGUACUUAGGGAGGAAGCAGAGGAGGAAGUGCCCAAAGCAGAGGAUCCUCCCCCAGAGAAGCCAGCGAGGCAGCUGACUCCUGAGCCUGUGCAAGAGACAGUGGAGAAGAAGGUGGUGAAGAUUUCUCCGCCAGUCUCUCUGGAUGAGAGGCUGCAGAAGAGGGCAGAGCGCUUCAACGUGCCUGCGACCGGCGAGAGCAAGAAGGCCGCCCGCGCUGCCAGGUUCGGUUUACCUAUCGUUCCUCCAACCGGGACUUCGGCGAGCAGCAAGCCAGCUGUCAACGUUGAUGUACUGAAAAAGAGAGCUCAGAGGUUCGGCAUGAAUGUCUCAUCCCUCUCCAAGAAGGUAGAGGAGGAUGAAAAACUCAAGAAGAGGAAGGAGAGGUUUGGGAUCGUCACAGGCGCUGCUGCAGCGGUGGAUGACGUAGAGGCAAAGAAGAGAAAGAGAGCAGAGAGAUUUGGAAACGUGUGACAUUAUCAUGGUUCUAAAAGUGUUUUCUUUUAAAAAAUCUUCUUCCAUUUUUUGUACUUUUUAACUUGUACUUUUUAUGUUCAUUUUUUUAAACAUGGCUACUCCAAGCCAGGAAUUUUCAACCACAUAAAAUGUACGCUGUAAUUUCAGAAUGUGACACUUUGUAAAUUAAAGGUGGAACCUUUUUUCCA